CUCGCUUUAAACAAAUAUCAAACUGUAGGGACACACAGGGUGCUUUCCACCUAUCGACACAGGCGACACUGUGUUACACAGUGUUCGGUUUUGAGCGUUCCAGCAACGACACGGUGUCACACUACUCGACACGGCGAAAAGAUGAGUUUUACCGUGCUGUGUCGCUAGAAGUACCAACCAUUGAAAAAAUAAUAGCGUGUUUUGUAGGGACAUCAGGUUAAACUUAAAAGUAACAUAACCAUAAAUAGCUCGUAGAUGGUGAGAAGAGGAAUACUUAUUGGAUUUUACAGUACGUUAGAUUUGUGUCGUAGGUGGAAAGCACCCAAUAUUUUCAUUUUAGUGACAUGGCUAGCGAAAGGAAAGGUGAAGAUCAGAGAAGAUUCAAGAUGUGGUUUAGAAUUAACGACAAUGAUCCGAUUGAAAUUUCGGAUUUAAAAACAAGUACUUACGUACGAUUAAAAAAGUUUGAUAAUGAAUUUUACAAAUUCGUUUCAAAUAUGGAAACAAAUCGAAAAGAGAAAAUAAAAUUCCUGUGGAAAUCAAUAGAUGAUAUAGAUUAUACACCGGUGGAAGUUCCAACAGAAUCAUCUGCCAUUGUUUGUAGCCAAAUUCCAACAGAAUCAUCAACCAAUGUUUUUAGCAACACAUUCUCAAGAGCAAACGAUAGUCUUAUUUGCAAACAUUGCAAGGAAAUGAUUGAGUCAUUUGAUGUGGUUCCACAACAUAGAUGUUUUAUUGGAAAAGAUGUUUUUAUGGAUGCGAACCAAACACUUUUUAAAAUAGAAGAUGCUGACAAUAAUCAAUGUUAUAUGAUAAGUGAAGAUAAUCCGUUAGAAAAUGAAAUGAUGCUAUCAGAAAAAAACGACACCAAAAAAUCAAAUGCUGUGUGGAAUAAACACUCAACACUGGCAGUUCUUAGUUUGUACGAGGCAAAUCUGCAUAUGCUGGAUAAUCCAAAAAAGAAAACCAAAGUGUGGACCGCUAUAUCAGAUGGUUUAAAGCAAUUUGAUGUUGAGAUGUCGAGUGAUCAAGUCAGGUGGAAAAUAAAUACACUUAUAAAAAAAUAUAAAGAAUGUGUUGAUAAUAAUGCAAAAUCGGGAAGAAACCCAAUAUCAUUUGAGUAUUAUGAUCAAAUGGAGGAGAUUUUUGGCAAGGACAAAGAGGCUUUCUCUAUUAAUGGUUAUACUCGGUCAUCUAACCUUCCAAAAAAAACUACAAUUAAUCCAGUUUUGAAAACUAAAACUAUAGAAAUACAGUCAGAAGUUCCAGUUGUUGCUGAAUGCCAUCCAAGUGUUUUAAAAGCAAGAAUACCACAAAUUAACAAUCCGAAAGCGAGCAUGAAUGAAAAAAGAGCUCGCCCACUGCAUGGAACUGGAUCCAAUAAUGCUAAAGCAAAGCUACAAUUGGAAAAACAAUGGCUUGAACAUUUGCAAAGUGAAAAAAACCGACAAAUACAACGAGAUGUUAGGCUUACUAAACUUCUAGAGAAAAAAACAGAAGCGGUGAAUUUAAAAAAACGGCAACUCCAAAUGCAAGAAAAAGAAUUGGAAGUAAAGAAGAUGAUAGCCAGCAAUAAACUAAAAGCCAAAUAUCGUCAGCACGACGAAAUAAUUGCAAUCGAAAGAGAAAAAUGUAAAUUAUUACACAGACUUUUAAAAGAUAAAGAGAAUAUAGAACAGUCUGUUGUCAACUCUGUAAGUGAUUCGGAUGCUUACGAUGAUUAUAACGAAAGUACUGAAAACUGAAAACGUUUAUUAAUGUGACAUUUUUAUAUUACAUAAGUUUUGUUUCUAUUAAAAAUUUUUU